AUGAUAAAGGCCGAUUCUACAAAUUCCUACACUCACGCUUUCCCCAAAUUAGUCAUUUGCUGGCCUUUAGCCCGAAAGUUUAGAAAUGAGGACAGAAGGGAAAAUCCAAAUCCAAAGCAAAAGAAAGAGACAAAAGUAAUUGUAAAGUCUGCCCUUGAGGCUGCCUUUGCAAAAUACUCUAAUCGGAUUGGUCUCAAGAGACGUGUAACAGUUCUGGAGAAACCGUAUGUAAUUGCCGCCAAGCUGCAGGCUUUGAGCCCCAAGUACAACUCGCUCAUGAACCACAUUCGCAUAAAUUUGCCAGAAUUGUUUCCAAGUCUUAACAAAGUAGUAUUCCUGGAUGAUGAUAUUGUUGUCCAAACGGAUCUCUCGCCUCUGUGGGACAUUCACAUGAAUGGGAAAGUCAAUGGGGCUGUGGAGAUAGGCAGGGGAGGAGAUAAAUAUGUGAUGUCCAAGAGGUUCAAGAGCUAUCUGAAUUUUUCUCAUCCACUGAUAGCGAAUAAUUUCGAUCUGGCUGAAUGUGCAUGGGCCUACAGCAUGAAUGUCUUCGAUUUAGAAGCUCGGAGGAGGACUAAUAUAAGCCGGACAUACCAUUUCUGA